AUGUCGCACCCCCGCGUAGAAGAGGUCUCCGAUAGCGACCUCGAAAUGUCAGACCCCUCCGAAGCCGACAUUGACGACUUUGUCGAAUCAGACAUCCUCCGCGCCCGCAAUCAACAACAGUCAUCAUCUUCCUCCUCAAGACCCUCCCAAAACCCCCCCAAACCAGCCCCCUCCUCCCAAAAACAACCCCACUUCCCCCGUCCUUACCCCGCUAUGGCCACUACAACCGAUGAAUCUGCCUACAAGCGCUUCCAAUGCCUCUACCCCGUCUACUUCGACGCGACCCGCUCCCGAGCCGAAGGCCGUCGCGUUCCGGCCCAUCUGGCCGUCAAGAACCCCUUAGCUACCGAGAUCGUCGCCGCCUGCGCCAACCUCCGCCUAACCACCGUCCUCGAAGUUGGCAAGCAACACCCCAAGGACUGGGCAAACCCCGGCCGCGUCAAGGUCGACCUGGCCAGUUUGCCCCCCAACGCGCCGGUUAAGAUCAAAAAUAAACACCACCUGUAUCUGCUCGUGGCGCAACACUUGCGCGAGAACCCAACCAGCGACACCUCCCCCGCAUUGCACGUUGUCGUGCGGGGGGCGCCGCCUCCGCCGCCGGGAGUCGUGGAGCCAGGGAAGCCAUGGCCUAGACCGGCUGUGCCGAGGGGUUGGAAGAUGGGGGAGUUGUUGCCGUAUUAUAGUCCUGCGAUGACGGGUGGCGGGGUUAGUGAGAACUUUUUAAAGGAUAUGAUGAAGGAGAUGCAGAAUGCGGGGGCGGGAGGAGGGUUUCCAGGGCUUGGUGGGGAUAUGGCGAGUUUGUUGGGGGCAAUGGGAGGGGGUUUGGGAGGGAUGGGGGUUGCGCCUGCGGCGGGGGGCAGUUCGGGGGGGAAGAAAAAGGGGAAGAAAUGA